CCGGGGCCGGGACGAUGACUCUGGAGUCCAUGAUGGCGUGUUGCCUGAGCGAUGAGGUGAAGGAGUCUAAGCGGAUCAACGCCGAGAUCGAGAAGCAGCUGCGGCGGGACAAGCGCGACGCCCGGCGCGAGCUCAAGCUGCUGCUGCUCGGCACGGGCGAGAGCGGGAAGAGCACGUUCAUCAAGCAGAUGCGCAUCAUCCACGGGGCGGGCUACUCAGAGGAGGACAAGCGGGGCUUCACCAAACUGGUGUACCAGAACAUCUUCACCGCCAUGCAGGCCAUGAUCCGCGCCAUGGAAACCCUGAAGAUCCUCUACAAGUACGAGCAGAACAAGGCCAACGCACUCCUGAUCCGGGAGGUGGAUGUGGAAAAGGUGACGACCUUCGAGCACCGGUACGUGAGCGCCAUCAAGACCCUGUGGAACGACCCCGGCAUCCAGGAGUGCUAUGACCGCCGGCGCGAGUACCAGCUCUCAGACUCCGCCAAGUACUACCUGACGGACGUGGACCGCAUUGCCACCUCAGGCUACCUGCCCACCCAGCAGGACGUGCUGCGGGUGCGCGUGCCCACCACGGGCAUCAUCGAGUACCCCUUCGACCUGGAGAACAUCAUCUUCAGGAUGGUGGACGUGGGGGGCCAGAGGUCCGAGCGGAGGAAGUGGAUUCACUGCUUUGAGAACGUGACGUCCAUCAUGUUCCUUGUGGCCCUUAGUGAGUACGACCAAGUGCUGGUGGAGUCAGACAACGAGAACCGCAUGGAGGAGAGCAAGGCGCUGUUCAGGACCAUCGUCACCUACCCCUGGUUCCAGAACUCAUCUGUCAUCCUCUUCCUCAACAAGAAGGACCUGCUGGAGGACAAGAUCCUCCACUCCCACCUGGUGGACUACUUCCCGGAGUUUGACGGCCCCCAGCGGGACGCACAGGCCGCCCGGGAGUUCAUCCUGAAGAUGUUCGUGGACCUGAACCCCGACAGCGACAAGAUCAUCUACUCGCACUUCACCUGCGCCACCGACACUGAGAAUAUCCGUUUCGUCUUCGCCGCUGUCAAGGACACCAUCCUGCAGCUCAACCUGAAGGAGUAUAACCUGGUGUGACUGGGACUCCCGCCAGCCGCCUGCCGGUCGCCAGCCGCCCCACGAGUCGGGGUUUCAUAUUUUUAAACAAAUGGUUUUUAUUUCACAGUUAUCAGGGGACGUACACCUCUCUUCCUACACACCUCGUGCACCUUCUCGUCUUUGUCAGUGGCAGAGGCCGCCUUUUUCUGGCCUUGACUUGUGGCUUGCUUUUUUCUAAAAAAAAAAAAAAAAGAAAAAAAAAAGAGAACCCACAGCAGACAGGCAGAGAGGAGACCCGGCACCAGCAGCGGCGCCGGGUCGCAGGACAUGGCCGGUUUCCCCUUGAUCUCGGAGCCGCGGAGACGCAGUGGCUGGGCUUCUCUUUCCUCCCGUGUUAAGUUAUUGACACCCUCACCACAGUCGCCCUGUUUCUGCACCGGACUCCAAGAAGUGGGGGUGGGUGGCGCCCCCCGCUGCCCGCCCUGGGAAGUGCCUAACCAUUUUUUUUUUCUUUUUCUUUUUUUGAGGAAACAAAACUGCAGCCCAGGGCCUCUGGCAGUCCUGCCUUUGGUGGGAGCCCGGGGGUGGGAGCCCAGGUGCGUCGGGUUCUCUGGUCAGGGUUGCGGGGAGGGGGGCUUGGGAGCGCUCCUGGGCUCCAGAGCCAACCCCAACACUGAGGGGCCCACAGGGACCCAGAGUCGCUCUUUAUUUUGUUGUAUUUUGUGGCCGUUUCGGAAGCAGUGGGGGUGCGGUGGGGACUUUUUCAGAAUCUUCUCAGGUCUGUCCCCUGGAGGCAGAGAGAGAGGGAGGGUCGCCUGGCAGGUCCAUGGCCGUCAGGGCGGUGCCCACUGCCCUGCACCUUGCCCAGAACCAAGACCUCGGGCUCGUGGCAGCCGGAGGUGGGCCCUCGGCCUGCUCACAGCCACGGCCAUGGCCAGGCACAGAGGUACCUCCCAGAGGGCCUGAGGGUGGGUUUCUGGGAGAAGGCAUGGACCAAAGGCUGCGGUGGUUGGUUUUGUGUGCUUGGCUUCUUGCUCCAAGGUGCAGAGAGUGGCCCACUGGUGGGGCUCGCACCUGCCCAGCGCACCUGGGCCCUACACCUGAGCACUUGGGCGGUCCUGGAUCCCUGCAGAGGAAUGAUGGGAGAAGGCAAACCAGCUCCGCCUAGCCCGGUCCCGGCUCCACCCCCACCGUGGCAGCCCACCCCACCCCUGCACUCCUGAUAGGCGGGGCCUGGGGUGGGAUGGGGGGCACACUUCCUGGCCUGUUCUCCCCUGGUGUCAUCACCGGAAGGGCCCUCUUUUGUGCCAUGUGUCCACAUGUGGGGUUUGUACCCUAGCCCUGAUGUGUACUGGGGGGGACAGGUGGUGCCGCUGGUGGUGGGCUCCCGCAGUCCCACAUCACACAGGGAACUGGAUCGGGUUCUUGAGGGGAAGGCGGGGUGGGCGACGUGCACCCAGAGUAUUAACUUCCCGAGAGGUCAGUGUGCCAAUAUCCCAGGGCAGGCCCGGCCCCGCAGUGCCAAACCUCCCCGUCUGGCCCACUGGGACCCCGCCAACUUGGCCCCACCUCCGUGCCGGGAGAAUGGGGUGGCAGGUUUUAGGCCCUCCUCGUCCCCAGUAUGAACUUCACCUCUGCGGUGCAUCCCUGAGUGCCAGCCCCUACCCCCAUGUCACAUCACCCAGCAGAACUGCCCUCCGAGUGCCAACGCCCCAGCGGCGUGAGGAGCCCUGCGGCCGGCGGGGGCAACCUCGCCUGCUUGUAUAUUAAACAAUACUGAUUUCAGACAAUUUAAACCUUAAUCUAUUUAAAAAAGAAUAUUAUAUAAAGAUGCUGUUUUUAAACCUUUUGUCAUUUGAGAUGCAUGUAUCUUCCGUGCGGGCUGAGGGGCGGGUGGUCAGCUCAGUGCCGGCCUCCCGGGGCUGCUGGAGCCGACCAUGUCCAGGCAGCGCGUCCGCAUUGGGGCCCACACCCCUUAAUCAAGAGAGAGCUGGUGGAAAUUGACUUUUCAUACCUUUCUCCUGAAAUGAAUUCUGUUUUAAAUUGGAAUAAAUUUUGUUCCUAAA